UUAUCAAUGGGAUUGUUUACUCAUAAUACCUUUGGUUUAAUGUUUUUCUUGUUUGCACUUUUGUACAGUGGUCAGUGUGCAAAGUACUUGUGGAAAGAAGUAGACUUGAACUAUUGGUCGGAUUAGUAAACUGCCAGUAACAUUAAAUGAAGUUUUGCAAGUACACGUGAUAUAAAUUUGUUUGAGAUAAAAGUCUGAAAAGAAAGAUGUCGGCGCAGAAAGCCGAGUUAGAGAAACCCGAUGAUGAUUCUCUAAAUAAUGAGUAUUACAUGGAGCUUGAAAAGGGCGUCGAAGAAAUUUACAGAAAAGAUCCAAUGUCAAAGCAAAAAUAUAUGAACUUGUAUGAAAAAACAUACCAGUACUGCUCAAAUAGCAGAGUAAGGGUUUACGGGGAAGGCAACAAAGUAAAACCUCCAAGUAUUGUGCUUCAUGGACAAAUAAGCAAAUUGCUUAAAAACUACCUCGAAAUUUUACGUAAGCAAAUGGAAAAUCUGAUAGAAGAGGACUUGCUAAAUCGAUACAUAAAACUAUGGGAAGAAUAUCGGUUCAGUAGCAAAGUCUUCAAUGGCAUUUGUUCUUACUUAAAUCGUCAGUGGGAGCAACAAGAAAAGAGAGACGGAAAUUCAGGAGUGUUCGAAGUUUACCAAUUAGCAAUGCUCAAGUGGAGGGAUUAUGUCUUCGAACAUCUCAGCAAUCAGACCACGAAAGUCAUAUUGACAUUAAUAGAACGUUCUCGGUGCGGAGACCCCAUCAACACGCGUCUUGUAAGUGGAGUCCUAAAUUCGUAUGUAGAAUUGGGAUUAAAUGAAGAUGAUCCUUACCUCAAAGGACAUGUUCUGACUGUUUACAAAAAUGCCUUCGAACACCUUUUUUUGAAAGAUACUGAGCGCUUUUAUGCCCGCGAAAGUUCCAACUUCAUCCUCGAGAAUUCUGUCACUGAAUAUAUGAAAAAGGUGGAAGAAAGAUUACAGGAGGAAGAUAAACGGGCUGAGGUUUGUUUGCAUACAUCGACGAAAGCUCCAUUGAUCAGAAGCUGCGAGAGAGCUUUAAUUGAGAAUCACAUGGACGAUUUUGCCUCCGAAUUUGUUUGCCUGCUAGACGAAGAUCGACUGGCCGAUUUGAGUAGGAUGUAUCAUCUACUAUCCAGGAUUCCAAAUAGUCUUAUUGAACAAACUGUGAUGCUGGAAAGCUACGUCAAAGUCCAGGGUCAAUCUGCCAUCGAAAAAUGUGCAGAUGCUGCCGUCAAUGACCCGAAACUCUUCAUCCAGACAAUUCUUGAAAUUCAUAAAAAGUACACCAACGUGAUUAAGGAAGCUUUCAAAGCAGAUAUUCGCUUUGUGGCCGCACUGGACAAAGCUUGUGAUGUGUUUAUUAAUUCGAACGCUGUGUCGAGUGCAAAAAAUGAAAAGAAUAAACCGGCGGAAUUGCUGGCAAGAUACUGUGAUUUACUAUUAAAAAAAAGCAGCAAGAAUCCCGAGGAAGAUGAAUUAGAAAAUUCUCUCAACGAAAUCAUGCUUGUAUUCAAUUAUAUUGAGGAUAAGGACGUAUUCGUGAAAUACUAUAGUAAAUUGCUUGCCAAAAGAUUGAUCAACCAAACGUCGGCCAGUGACGACUCAGAAGCAUCAAUGAUUACGAAGUUAAAAGAAGUUUGUGGCUACGAAUACACAUCCAAACUGCAGAGAAUGUUCCAGGACGUCGAAGUCUCUAAAGACCUAAAUGAAAAAUUCAAAAAACAUAUGAAAACUUCAUUCACACCUUUGGAUAUCGACUUUUCGGUCCAAAUUUUAACUUGUGGUACAUGGCCUCUGAAACAGUCUUUCGAAUUCUCCUUGCCGUCUGAGUUGCAGGAUCCACUUCAAAGGUUCACAGAUUUCUUCACGUGCCAGCGUUCCGGUAGAAAGUUGCAAUGGCUCCACAACCAUUCGAGGGGCGAAAUUUGCACAAAUUGUUUCAAAAAUAGAUACACAUUCCAAGCGUCCACGUUCCAAAUGGGAGUCUUACUCCAAUUUAACAAUUCUCUCUCCUUGACGAUACAACAAUUACACGAAGGCACACAGCUGCAAAUGGAAUAUUUAAUUCAGGUAAUGAAUUAA